CAAGUCAGUAAUGUGCUGCAUGUAGGCUAGAAAUCCAGAGUUUAGCAUUAGACCUCUCGCUCUAGGACUGGACUAUGUUUAUGUAUCGUGUGUGCACCUAAUGGCUGAAAAAAUUUGAAAAGAAAAAGAUGAAUUCACAAUGUGAUAUGGUAACGCAAUGACCAACAAAACCUGUGAAUCUUCAACAGUGUUGUAACUGAAAUAGUUGAAGUACUGCAGAUUUCUUUUGAGUGAAUAGAUGCCAUGCCCAGUUGGAGACCCAAUUGUCUGAGGGGGUCUAUUUACAAUGAUGCGCCACACUACAGCAUUGUUCCAAAGGCAGACAACUCCAAUCAAGACAUUAAUCCUGACCGCAAAGGAAGUAUUUUGGUUGAACUACAGAAAAGAGAAGGAUGUGGACUAGGAUUAACAAUUUCAGGUGGUGCAGACAAAGCUCAUCGUUGUCAUGUCUCUAAUUUACGUCCAGGAAGUGUUGCAGACAGAUGUGAUGCACUUAGAGUUGGCGACCAAAUUAUUUCUAUCAAUGACAUCAGAACUGCAAAUCUGCGACAUGAGGAGAUCACCAAUCUACUUAAAAAUGCUGGGUCCACUGUGACGCUUGAGAUAGACUAUGAAAUACCUGAUUCAGGUUCAGGCCUUUCAAAUGUUUAUAGUCAAGUUCAUGAAGUCAUUUUAGAAAAAGAAGUUUCUGGAUUUGGGAUGAUUCUCCGUGGUGGAAUGGUGGACGCCAAACGAACAUACCCAAUCACAGUUGUUGUUAUUAGACAUGGUGGGCCAGCUGACAGGGAGGGAAGUAUCCGAGUCGGAGAUCGAAUCAAUGCCAUCAAUGGGUACAAACUUAAUCAUCAUAGCCUUCAAGACAUCAUGGGGAUCUUGUCACAGUGUGAAUCAUCUGCAUCGUUCACUGUCUCAUAUGAUGUGGCUAUUGUUGAUGAAGUAGAGAAGGCUACUGGUCCAGUCAUGGUCAAGGUUGAAAGACCACCAGGGGUAGCUAUAGGGAUAACUCUGUCAGAGGCCAAGCAUGAGGGAAAACCAUGCUUAAACAUUGACCAUGUCUCGCUGAUGAGUAUUGCUGACAGGUCAGGUGUGUUACACCCCGGGGACCUUAUCAUGGCAAUAGAUGGCGUAGAGUCUAUGUCUGAAGCUGAGGCCAGCCAGAGACUCAAGUCUGGCACAGAGAAUGUCAUUCACUUUGAAAUUUUACCAUCUUCAUUACUGGAGAAUUCCAUUCAUCAGAAUAAUCUUAAGAAGAACUCCCUGUCGUCAUCCCUCUCUGCGCAUGCCCUGCCCUCAGCCUACUGCAACAUCCCCUACAAUGUUAUGCGCAACAAAAGCAGCACAAUAGGGGGCUACGCUGACCACACUGGAGGCUACUUUAAGAACUUUACAGACAGCUCCUCUGUGGGGGUGUCGCAGUUUGGCACAUUAAACAUGAGAAAAACAAACCUGUGGAGGAAUCCACAUCAGCGUAGGGCCGCUUCCUGCAUGUCCAUUGCAUCAUCAUGUGCGUCAGUUUUGAGUGCCACCAACCAAGUUUGCCACAGUGAGAGCCUGGAAGUCAUUCUCUUUGCCAACCACAAGGGUCUGGGCCUGACCCUCAAGGGUGGUGUUUUCGCAACAGCUCCACUGUCCCAGCCACCUAGUAUUACAUUUGUUGAGCCUCGCAGCCCUGCAGAGAAAUGUGGUGUUUUGCAAGAGGGGGACAGAGUGCUGGCCAUCAAUGGUGUGGAAACUACAGGACACACAUUGGAGGAAGUUAAUCAUCUGCUGCGGGAGUCUCGACCAAGAUGUCUCUUGCUUGUUGAAUUUGAUGUCACAGAUUCUGUGACUCCCAGCUCAGGUGUAUACUUUGUGAAGCUGGGCAAGAGAGCUGGUGAUACUGGGAUAACUGUUAAUGCUACUCCAAGCAAGCAAGGUAACAAAGAUGUGAUGUUCAUAUCUGACGUGAGGAGGGGUAGUGUUGCUCACAGAACUGGCUCCAUCCAGCCUGGGGAUAAACUUCUGGCCAUCAACGAUGUCAGCCUUGAGAAUUACUCACCCGAUGAUGUCAUGCAUCUGUUGGAACUUCCUGAUGAUAUUGUGAAAUUAAAAUUAAGGCGUGAUGACCCAGAUGAGGGACAUGAAGGCUGCAUUAUCUACACAGUGGAGCUCCAGAGGUUUGGUGGGCCUCUGGGCAUCACAAUAUCUGGUACUGAAGAUCCCCUGGAUCCUAUCAUUAUAUCUGAGCUUACCCCCCUUGGAUUGGCUGAUAGAACUGGUGCCAUUCAUGUUGGGGACAGGCUUUUAGCUGUCAGUGGCGACACAACUAAAAACAAACCUCUGUCUGAAGCCAUACGUAUGCUACAAAGUGCUGGUGAUGUGGUGACACUUAAGAUUGCUAGGCCUGACCCCAGCAUUGACAGCAGCCAUCAUUAUCUGCACCCGUUUGGCCUGAAAGCCAACUGGGGCAGCACAGCAAUCCCUAGCAUAGACAGUGCUGUGGCAUCCUGGAGCAGCUCAGUUCAUGACAUGUCUGUACAUGAGAACCUCACAGAUUCUUGCAAGAAAGUGGACAACGCUUCAGAUUGGGACAGAGACUCUCACAGCAGCUCAUCAGACCUGAAAAGGGAGCAGAAGGAUGAAGAUGACAUGGAAGAAUGGGUGAAAACAUUGAAAGAUUUCGACAUGGGCAGUGAGUCUGAAAUGUUACAGCAGAUUGGUCUCAGCUUGAAGGAACGAAAUCAUUUGAUAGAGUCUGGUCCUUCUGAAAAUGGAGGAGCACAUGAAAAUGGAAAUACAUCUAAAAAUGGAAGUGCUCCUGAAAAUGGAUGCCCCCCACCACUCCCAGCUAAAAGUGAUUCUUUAAUAAACAGGAUCAAACAAUCUGCUAAGUCACAAAAUGACCAUACAGCCAAAACAGAUUCUGCCAGUAAAAUAACAGCGGUCACCACUAAAAGGUAUGACCCCCCGCCAGUCCCAGCCAGUAAAACCACAUCCAGUGUCAACAAAACCUCAGACCAACCACCUGCGACUGCCAGUAAAACCUCACGAGGACCACCACCCCCCAUCAAACCCAAGCCAAAAAUUGCACCAAAACCAGUUGCUAAAUCUGGCCACAUUCACACCAUCUACACCCCAGCACCCAUCCAGCUGCAGAGGGUGAAGCUAGAGAAGACUUGUGUGACGGAAGAUUUUGGUUUCUCCUUGUCUGAUGGGCUCUAUGAAAAAGGUGUCUACAUCAGUGGGGUAAGGGAAGGCAGUGUAGCCCACAAGGCAGGGCUGAAGGAACUAGACAGAGUCUUACAAGUGAACCGUGUCAAGACAAGAGACUUUGACUGCCGGCUGACUGUGCCACUGUUCUCCCAGUCUGACAAGAGGGUGACGCUGAUUGUUUGUAGAAACCCUCUGCUGCUCCAGGACAAGGGCACAGAAGAUACAACAAAUGACUCUUGAAGCUACUCAAAAAAUAAACCUUUGUUUACAAUGUUGAUAAUGAUAUUACUGGCAUAUAUAGUUAAGCUAGUCAUUUGACAAAAAUGUUAUUUCAGAACAUUUUGUUAGGAAUAUUUACUGACCAGAUACACAGUCAAGUUUACUUUUAAUAUUAAAUAGUAGUUUUUUUAUCCAAUGUUUUAGAAGAUAUUUUGCUUAACUCUAGUAACAAACUGUUGCUAAUAACAGUAGUUCUACUUUUUUAUUUGAUGUAGAGCUUUGGACCAAACCAUUUAGUGUUUGAAUUUUUUUAAUGAUAUUUUGAAAUCCUACCUUUGUGUUGAUGUGUGUUUCUCUGAAGGGCAGGCAAUUUUAUACAAGUUAAUUGAUAAUGACUAUUGUCUAUCAAAGAAUAAUGAAUUAAGUCAUUCAUCUCUCAGAUGAAUGACUUAAUUCAUAUCAUUAUACAAAAUUCAUAAUUAAGGAUAAUUCAUAUUUUUCUUAACUAGAAAAUACUCAGACUUUUUGGUAUGAAAAGUAUUUUUUUUUAAGUUAUUUAUUUUUUAAAAUAAUACUCUGAAUUUAAAAUAUUUUUUUAGAAAAAUCAGUAGCCAGCUAUCAUAAACUAUUGCCAAAAGUUAAUCUCACACUCCAAUUAUUUCUAGUCUCAUGCAAGUUUUAUAUUGUAACUUGCUUCAUUAUGUUUAGUUUUAUGUCUAAAUUGAACUAGUGAAAGAAAUGGUUGGCUUAAUUUAAUUCAUACCUCCCUCCUUACAAUCUUUGUAAAUAGAGAGGCUGGUGACUGCUUUUAAAAUUAGGAAUCUAGAAAUGUUUCUGUAAUUAUGUAUAGAAGAUUUUUAAGAUUUGAUCUGUUAUUGUGUAGGAACAAUUUGAAUUUUUACAUACUUUCUUUCAUUGCAUCUUGUUUCAUUAAUAUUCUCCGUUAAUUUAUUUUUAAUAUUGGCCCUUGGUUGAAAGUCUUUCUCUUACUGUGUUAUUGCAAUUUAUUUGUUGAUGUAGACAUGUUGUCGAGCCUUACAGUAAUUUCUGUAAUUUGCUACAGGAUGAAAUAGUGUUCACAGUUCAUACAUUACUGUAAACAUGAACUGAUAGACAUGGACCAAUAGACACGAAUCAUCUAGGCAUGAACCAAGGGAUGUUCACAUGGACGUUGACAAUGACUGUGACUUAUUGACGUGGACCAUGUCACAUGAACCAAUGGACACAGACCAAGUGACAUGAACAAAGUAAAAUGAGCAAACUAACAUGAAUAAACUAACAUGAACAAAAUAACAUGAAUAAACUAACAUGAACAAAGUGACAUGAACUAACAAACAUGAACAAACAUUAAAAUUAACCAAAUUUCAAGAAAAAAAUUAACAUGAUCAACAACGCAUAAGUAACAAAGUAAUAAGUCUAAAGUGGCAAAAAGGGCAAAUGAACAAAACAAAAUGAACUAUAUUAUAAUAUUAAUGUCAAGACAGUGGGCUUGUAACAUUGUCUUAAGGUAAAUACUUACUGUUAAACAUGAGAAAUCCUUCCAAAACUGCACUUAAAACCACUGACUUACUUUAAAUCAUUAUUGUGUUGACUCUAAUCCAUUCAUGAUUCAUUUUCAACUUUACCCAUAACCUAACCGUCCCUGGCUCUAAAAACUAGACUACAAAUGCCUUUUUACUUUUUACACUUGAGCUUAACACUAACAUUGACCACUGGAAUGAAGCUGUCUGUGCAAUAUAAAGUCCGGGUCUUUUUUGUUAUUGCCAGCUUGAUUUUUUUUUGUCAGGGGAUUAUGCAAUAACUUUGUCUCCAGUUGUUUUAAUGCCUUGCUUACAUUUUGAUGUGAUCACGUUUUUCUUUUAACUUUUUCAACUGCCUAAUAUUUUUUAUCUUAUUUUAAUCUAAUUUGUUACAAAAGGAAAUUCAUUUUGGAAGUCUUUUUGUGCCUCUUCAGAAUUUUUUUCAAACUUAAUUACUUCCAAUUUUGUAAUUAAAAAAAAGUAAAUAAUAAAAGGUGUGUA